AUGAAAAUAAACGAAAAUCUGAUUCUUAUUGGCGAUAAAGUUGCGCUUGUACCUUACAAGCCAGAACAUGUACCAAAAUAUCAUGAAUGGAUGAAGUCCCCUUUUCUCCAGGAAAUGACAGCCUCAGAGCCUUUGACACUGGAAGAAGAAUACGAAAUGCAAACCUCUUGGCAUCAAGAUGAAGACAAACUUACCUUUAUUAUCAUGUCAUUACCUAAUGAUAGCAACAAAUGUUUGAAAAAUUUGCCUGACUCUGAAAUCAAAGAAAAUAUAGUUAUGGUCGGUGAUGUCAAUAUCUUCUUAAACGAUCCUGACAAUGACCGAACAUUUGGGGAGAUCGAGGUUAUGAUUGCUGAACCUGAUUAUAGACGAACCGGUAGAGGAAAGGAGGCUCUUAAAAUAAUUAUGGGAUAUGCUAUGGAAGUUAUUGGCUUAAAGACUUUCCAAGCAAAAAUUUCGAUUGAGAAUGAACCUAGUGUCAAUCUUUUUAAGUCCCAAUUUGGAUUUUACCAAGUAUCUAUUUCACAUGUAUUCGAAGAGGUCGUAUUGGAGUGGACACUUCUGGAAUAUGCACCGCCCACAAUUGAUGAAUAUGGUAAUGAAGUUGAGUCAUAUGGAUCAAAAGCAACCACAGAACAGCGUGAUAGAGUAAUGCAAGUUAGAAAUGAUUUAUUUAAUUAUUGGAAGAACAAUGUAAGAUCUAGCAAUUAUUUAUAA